AUGCUUGAAGAUCACUUGGCUGAAGCAUUGCAUUUAUUGAAAAAAUAACCACAACAUCGAUGCAAAAUGGAAAUUGAUCUAUUAGUUCAUCUUACUUAAGAACUUCCUUUUUUUAAAUAAUAUUACAAAUAAGAAAAUGGAUUAUUAAUACAUCGAGAAUGUUGUAAACACAUGUUUGUUGAACGGUUCUUAGCAACUGAUAUUGUAUUUCAUGUUGGUAUGGAGACUCUAUUAAUAAUGCAGAUUCGAUUGGCACUAAAUUUUAUGUGAUUCUAGAUGGUCAAGUAGAGGUUUUGAUUAAGAGAAGAGGUUUUGAUGAAUUAGAAUCUGUAAGAAUUCUGAGACAAGGAGAAUCUUUUGGAGAAUUGGCUCUCAUUCAUAGAUAACCUAGAUUAGCAACUAUUCGUUGUGUUAAUGAUUGUUGUUUUGCUGUUUUAGAUAAACAAUAGUUUUAAUAAAUUUUGCAUUAUGAAUAAACAAAAAAGAUAGAAUAAGUAUAAAUUAUUAUCAUCUUUAUAGAAUGUUGAUUAUUUUGCUUAGAUUUCAAUAUUUAAUUAAUUAAAUAGAGCUCAAUUAACUUAAAUCUAUUUGAAUUCAUUUCUUUAUGAAUAUGAAAAACAUUAAACUGUAUUAUAAGAAGGAGACAAAUCAGAUAGUUUUCUCAUUGUUAAAGCAGGUCUAUUUUAAGUGCGUAAAUUAAUGAAUAAAUAACAUCCUUUAAUAGUAAUAUGUAUUUCAAUUAUAUUAGUUAUUUGAGAUUGGAGAAUUAUAAGUAUUUGGAUUUUAUCAUCUCUUUAAUAAAAUACCAUAUGAAUACUCAAUUAUUUGUCUCAGUCCUAAAGGAUAAAUUUACAAAAUACACAGAACAUCUUUGAUUGAGAAAAUAUUCGAAGGACAUACAUAGGAUUUGGAAAAACAUAUGUAAGAAAUUAAUUCUUAUGUCAAUUUUAAAGUUCAUUAAGAAUAAAAUACUCAUCUUAAAUAUCCAAGAUUUUUUUAAAUAAAGACAUCAUGUGAAUAAGAUAAAGAGAUCCAGGAAGAAUGUAUAAAGACUUGUAGAAAUAAAGAAUCUAAAAAUGAUAAUUAUAAAAGUAGAAAUUAAUUGAUAAAAUAAAAAAUGGAUACAAUGAUAGAAUAAUCUAAAAGAAAAUUAGGACCAAAAUCUAAUAUACCAAGAUUUAAUAGUUUAUUUGAAAUAUUCCUUAAAUCUCAUAAAGGAUUAACAGAGAAUUAAAGAUAAAAUAGUCCAUCUUUAUUAGAAACACCAACUAGACAAAUUGGAUGUAGUACUCAUUUUUUUCAUAAUGAUGAAUAACAAAAUAAUCCAUUCAUAACAUUUAGAAGUAGUAGUCCUAUAAUGAUGAAUAAAGGAGGAAGAUAAUUUCCAAUUCUUAAAUUAUCUAACAGUUAAAGAACAAUAGUGAAAUCGAGUCAUCAUUAUAAUUCUAAGUUCCAAUUUUAAGAUUAUUAUAAUUAAAAGUAGAUAUAAAUAUAGAAAGGUGGUAUAUCUUUAAGUCCUAAUGUAAUGAAAUUAAAAGUAUAUAAAUAUUGA